ACAAAGUCAGGCAAGCUGCUGGGGUGGUAGUGGACAUUAUGGUGGAAAGUGUUGAGAACACACAGGAAGAUGGAAAAGUUGGUUCUCAUCUUGAAGACCUCCGAUCUGCUGUUAGGAAAUUGAGAAAAAUAAUUUCCACUUGGACCAUCCACAUUUUCAGUCAUGAAUUGGUGGAUAAAGUGAUAGCCCUUCAGGACAGCCACAGCACUCCACAGGUCUUAACAUUGGAAGCAGCCAAAAGUGCUUCAGACUCCAUUCUUUCAAGGCUGAAAUGGGGAAAUGAACAAUGUGCCAUAUCCAAGGAGCUCUCCUCUCAGCUUCUCCAGAUAUUUGCUGAAGAGACAGUGAAGUGCUUCCUGAGACAGUGGUCAGAUGAGUAUGAAAACAUAAACUUUGAUGUUUCAGUCCAGAACGAUCCAAAGACUUCUACUUGCAUGGUCAUUCUUCAAAUGAUCACCAAAGCCACUGCUAAAUGUUAUUUUGAGUCCGCUACCAGCGUGGCCACCAGUGACAUUGUAGAAGGCGUGUUUGAUUUGGAAAGGGAUACCAUCAGCAGUACUGGAGAGCAGGUCCUCACCUUCAAUACAAAGGGUUCCAAGAAAGUUAGUAAGAACCUCUGUCCUCAAGAGUCUCUGGAGUACCAGCCUCAGAACAUUUCCCCUACUGUGUACUUUACAGAGACGAUGACAACAUCUCAUAGCUCCUUUUCUCCAGAGGGAAUUUAUGAUAUCGCAUCGUCCUUCCCACUUGAAGAGAAGAGUCGCAAACCCUCCCUUUUCACCAGAUUGUCUAGAUCCAUCACAAAAGGCUUUCUCAGGCCAUUCAAAUUUUCAAGGAAAACCAAAUCAUUUAAUUAAAUUCCUCAUUAUAACAACGAGAGCAUUCAUUUGUUCAGAUGAAAAUCUAAUCGUAUUGGUCACAUACGCCGAAAACAACUGUGAGAUGCUUUAUUACGAGCCCAUUCCCAACAAUGCAGAGUUAAAAAGCAAGAAAAUAUUUUCUAAAUAGUAACACAAUAACAAUAACAAGGCUAUAUACAAGGAGUACCAGUACCGAGUCAAUGUGCAUGGGUGGGAGGUAGUUGAGGUAAUACAGUAUGUACAUGUAGGUAAGGGUAAAAGUGACUAGGCAAUCAGGAUAGAUAAUAAACACAGUAGCAGCAGCUAGUGUGAAAGUCGGUCAGUGUCACAGUGAAUGUGUGGGUAGAGUGUAGUGAGUGUGCAUCGAGCCAAUUCAAGAGAGUCAGUGGAAAACAAUUAGAAAAAUACAUCAAUAACAAAGGGGGUCAAUGCAAAUAGUGCAGGUGGCCAUUUAAUUAACGUUCAUCAGUCUGAUGACUUGGGGGUAGAAGCUGUUCAGCAG